GGCGGGGUCUACUGAAGGCGUUAAAAACACCUUCCACGCGUUUGCUGCGCGUUGUACUAAUUUGUACGCCGGCUUUAGCGAUUUUGAAGGGAGCAGGUUCGGUUUUAGCUAUAAUAUAUACAGCAGUUUGUUGCCUACCGAACUCGAGAAAAGAAAGGUUUAACUGAAAGCCAAAUCAAGUGAUCAGGGCUAGACUGGCGCUGUAAAUAGACCUCGUUUAAAUGGACAAUAUAGUCUGAACAGUUUUCUGUGCAGUUUAAUAACACCCCACUAGUAAGUAUUACCAACAAUUAGCUUUGAAAGGUGGUGAGUCCGUGGUCUUAUAUUAAUGUACCAUAGAGAGAAGAUGACACAGUGUCACAAACCUGCUUUGGUGUUUACACAUGCUGCACGCUGACGGUGACGUUUACAUGUCGGGAUGACGCGUGGUUUGUGUGGUGCGAUUAUUUUAACAGUCAUGGCAGGAAAAGGUCGUGGAGUCGGUUCUUUUACGUUCAACAUUGAGGCUUUGGGCAUCGGCAGGGGCAGUAUGCCAGAGGCCAGGGUGGGGCCCAGCCCUCUGUUCCCGAGCACAGAUGUUAAACCUGUGCCACUGAAGGCUGGUGAAGAUGAAGACUACAUGUUGGCUUUGAAACAGGAGAUGAGGGGAACAAUGCAGAGGCUACCUCACAACAUCAAGCAUCACAACAAAGUUGCAGAUGUAGAGAGAUACACAGAGCGAUAUCUAAGGCAAAAACAGAUCAUGGCUCAAGAAUGGACUCCAGACUGGAGCUGUUUCCCUAAAGAACUGAUGCCACAGAAAAGAAAACCUUGGGUCAAAGCAGGUGCUAAGAAAACAAAGACAGUACAAGGCAAAGACACAAAGGAUGUGCUGACUAAAUUAGAUGAACUGGCAAAGGUAGAAGAUGGAAAAACAGAAAAAUCAGAUGAUGAGACAGAAAAGAAACCAGGAGAAGAGGAUGACGAAGAGGAGGGUGUGGGAGAGGAAGAAUACGAGGAAGAGGAUAUAGAAGAGGACAAUGACUACAUAGAAAGCUAUUUUGACAACGGUGAAGACUUUGCUGCGGACAGUGAUGACAACAUGGAUGGAGAAGCAACCUACUGAGCCAACAGUAUGCUGAAGUAAAUGAUCAGACUUUUCUUUUUGUAAAAAGCUGUAGAUGUUUUUCUUUUUGUUAGAGCUCAGGUCAGCCUUUUCCUUAAAUAUCUAAUGUAAAAUAAGAAAUACCAAACUGUGUGUGAACUGGCAAUAAUUUAUUCAAAAUAGAUGUAUUUAUUUUCCAGCCUGUAGCCCAUUUUCCACAGGUUGAAAGGCACAUAUUACAUACAAAAUGCUUCGUCAAAAAAUCGAAACACUGAUCAAAUAAAAAGGGCUAUAUACAACAAAG